UUGUGGUCCUCCUUAUUAUAAAAAGUGGGUAAAGGUAAAACUUUAUGAUUACAGCAGGUUGGUCGACUCAGUCACGUUUUGUAACGGUGAGAAAAUAUGCACUCUGUUCCAGGAAGGGAAACUAGGCAUAAUACAAAUGAUCCCUGAAAUAACUACUUCUACUUGUCUGUCUCCUCUCACAUUCAGGGCACCAACAGAUGUCUCUGCUUUAUAUCGAAACAGACACUUGGUUUCGUGGCAUGACCAAUUAUUUCUAGUUCAACGAAAAGUCGGAUCACCUUCCAUCUUUGAGGUUUGGGAAGCCGAUUUUGAAACUAAACAAUUCAACAGAGUAUUCAAUUUGGACGGAUUUAUUAUUUUUCUAAGUGGACAAUUCUCUGCUGCAACUUCUUCAUCUCUACCUCAAGAAAAUAACAAUGUCUAUUUCACACAGUGCAAUGAUCACCGCACUUUAUAUGCCUUCCACGUUGGCGAUCAAAGCUUGUCAACCACUAAACAAUUUCGUAUCUGUAGUUCUCACAAUUCGUUUCCUCUAUUCGACAGGUAAUAAUUUAGAUACUUGUUUAAUUUCGUCUUCUACAUUAAAUAUUUAUAAAUAUUGUUAACAUUUGAUGCUGAUGACUUCUUUAGGUCAGGAAGGGCCAAAAUUCAACAUAACACUACUACUGCAGAAGACAAGUUGAAAAAGCAUCCAUCCGGUAUUAAAAGUAAGCCUGCGCCUGUAGACAGCAACAUUUGCAUCCGUCUUUCUCUAGAUCUUCAAAGUGAAAUUUCUCGUUAUCUAAUUUCUCAAGAAGCAUACAUGAGUUUUCGCUUGGUGUGUAAAUUAUGGAGAUCUGUUGCUCCUCCAUUACGUUGGAAAGUGGUUGUAGAUGGUGAUGCAGCUCCUUCUUAUGAUCAAGACUCCAUGUGGCUUCUAUCUCUAAACCAAAAGGAUGGUUUGUGCACCUUCUAUAAUCCCUUUAGAAAUUUCAACUGUUAUAUGAGCAACAACGAUUUAGUAGGCUGUGAAAUUCGGUAUGCAAAAGAUGGAUGGCUUCUUGUGUCUAAGGGAAAGUCUCUCUUCUUACUUGAGCCUUCGCCUUCGCCUUCUCGGAAGCAAAUUAUUCAUCUCCCACAAAAAAGAUACGACUAUUUAUGUGACAUUAUGUCAUUCUCAGCUUCUCCAACUAGUUCUUCUGGGUGGGUAAUCUUUGGUAUAGCUUUAUUAAAUGUGUUUCAAGUUAGGAUUUCAUAUUUGAGACAAGGGGAUGAUAGAUGGACUUGUAUCACAAGGGACAGUGAGGUGCCAUUCCUACUUUCAUCUUCUAGUCCGGUCUACUUUGGUGAAGAAUUUUGUGUCAUAGGCCAAAACGGUGAUGUUGGUGUAUUUGGCUUUAAAGACGGAACCCCUUACUGGGUUAUCCAUAAACUUUUUCAACAAUAUUCACCUCGUAUUUAUGAUGCUUGCCGUUUGUUUUUAGUUCAACGUCAGGAUCAAAAUGUGCUACAUUCCGUGGUUGUGACACCACAACAUGAUGUUCAUGUUUAUGAACUAGACUUUGGAAUUUUCUUCCCCACUUUCAAUACUUGUAACGACUAUACUUACUACUCUUUGGAAGAUGUCGCGUUCAAAGUAUUGAAAGACAAUUGUACGGAUAAAACACAUCAUAAAGAGCUUUUAAAUCGUGUUUGGAUCCGCUGUGAACUGACAGGGAAUUGA